UUAAUUUCUUCUUCAGGUUUUUUCAGUGUUGUUGAUACAGAUAAAGUGUCAGUGAUGGAGGGAGAUUCAGUCACUCUACACACUGAUGUUGAAACAAACCAACAAGGCAGAAUGAGGUGGUAUUUUAAUGGUAUUUACUUAGCUGAAAUAAGUAAAGAUAUCAGUGAGAUCUGUACAGAUGUUCAGUGUAAUAAAGGUACUGAGAGAUUCAGAGACAGACUGAAGCUGGAUCAUCAGACUGGAUCUCUGACCAUCACAAACAUCACAGCCACAGCGUCUGGACUUUAUCAACUACAGAUCAUCAGCAUCAGAAUCAGUCAAAAGAUAUUCAUUGUUGAUGUAGAUGGUGUUUCUGCUGCUGAACGAGAUAAAAUGAAGAGAAAGUCAGUGAAGGAGGGAGAAUCUGUCACUUUUUAUCCUGCUGUAAUAAAAAACCCAAAUGAUUUAAUGAAAUGGUAUUUUAAUGACACUCACAUCGCUGAAAUCAAUGGAAAUCUGAGUAAGAUCUGUACAGAUGUUCAGUGUAAAGAGAGAUUCAGAGACAGACUGAAGCUGGACAGUCAGACUGGAUCUCUGACCAUCACCAACACCAGAACCACAGACUCUGGACUUUAUAAACUGGAGAUUACCAGCUGCAGCAGCAACAUCAGUAUCAGUGUCAAUAAGAGCUUCAGUGCUACUGUCACUG